UACAGGGUCCAUAAUGCCAUGUAGAUCAUUGCCAUAAAGUAACACCUUCCUGGACUUCUUUCUAGAGCCUGUGACAGGAAGUCUGAACUAACUGUUAAAGGAUUUGAACAGUAAGAGAAACAGGAAGCAAUGAGAAACAAAAGCACCCUCCAGGUCUGAGUGACAGGAGCAUCAGCUCUGGCGGGCCAUAUCUGCCACAACCAAAAUCUGCUUUCCUGCCUCUGACGCAGGGAGCUAAGGGCCUGAAUGAAACCUGUUAGAGGUUCCAAUUAUAUCUUUGUGGACAAAGGGCACACAUGGCAUCCUCAGUUAACAGGCGGCAAUAAAUCCAUCAGCACAUCCACUUGCAGAGAACAGAGUCCCUGCUGAGCUGCGAGCCGCUCACUGAGUACCUCACACAGGACGGACUUGAAGACUGUCUCCCCUCUUCUGUAAAGGCUGCCAAAGACCUGUCGCUGUAGCAGGACCUUCCCUAAGAACCUGGAGGAGAAGACGCCCCCAGCCCAGCCCUCACCAUGCUUAGGGCGGUUGUGGAUGCUCCUCAGCGGUUGCUGAAGGAGGGGAGAGAGUCCCAGAAGCUGGUACUGGUUGUGGUGUUUGUUGCUCUGUUCCUGGACAACAUGCUGCUUACUGUGGUGGUGCCCAUUGUGCCCACCUUCCUAUAUGCCACCGAGUUCAAAGAAGUCAACACUUCUCUGCACCCAUGCUCCGCCACGACUUCCUCACAUGCCCUCACUUCUUCUGCCUUCUCCACCAUAUUCUCCUUCUUUGAAAACAACACCAUGGCUGUUGAAGAAAGUGCACCCAGUGGCACAGCGUGGACAAAUGGCACCAUCCUUCCUCCAGUCGCUGGAGCCAUUCCAGAACAUAAAAACAACUGCCUGCAAGGCACAGAGAUCUUGAAGGAAGAGAACAUAUGGGUCGGGGUUCUGUUUGCUUCAAAGGCUCUGAUGCAACUUCUGGUCAAUCCAUUCGUGGGGCCUCUCACCAACAGGAUUGGAUAUCACGUUCCCAUGUUUGCUGGCUUUGUCGUCAUGUUUCUCUCCACAGUUAUGUUUGCCUUUUCUGGUACCUAUACCCUGCUCUUUGUGGCCCGAACCCUUCAAGGCAUUGGAUCUUCAUUUUCAUCUGUGGCAGGUCUUGGGAUGCUGGCAAGUGUCUACACUGAUGACUAUGAGAGAGGACGUGCCAUGGGAAUUGCACUGGGGGGCCUGGCUUUGGGAGUGCUGGUGGGAGCUCCCUUCGGAAGUGUGAUCUAUGUGUUUGUUGGGAAGUCUGUACCCUUCCUCAUCUUGGCCUUUCUGGCACUGCUGGAUGGAGCACUCCAGCUUUGUAUCCUGCGGCCUUCCCAGGUCUCUCCCAAGAGUGCCAGGGGGACUCCGCUCCUUACGCUUCUCAAAGACCAUUAUAUCCUUGUGGCUGCAGGAUCCCUCUGCUUUGCCAAUAUGGGAGUGGCCAUGCUGGAGCCCACACUGCCCAUCUGGAUGAUGCAGACCAUGUGCUCCCCUGAGUGGCAGCUAGGUCUGGCCUUCUUGCCUGCCAGUGUGUCCUACCUCAUUGGCACCAACCUCUUUGGUGUGUUGGCCAACAAGAUGGGUCGGUGGCUCUGCUCCCUGAUUGGCAUGGUAGUAGUAGGUACCAGCUUGCUUUGUGUUCCUCUGGCUCAUGACAUUUUUGGCCUCAUUGGCCCCAAUGCAGGGCUUGGCUUUGCCAUAGGCAUGGUGGAUUCCUCUAUGAUGCCCAUCAUGGGACACCUGGUGGACCUGCGCCACACCUCUGUGUAUGGGAGUGUCUAUGCCAUCGCCGACGUGGCUUUUUGCAUGGGCUUUGCUAUAGGGCCAUCUACCGGGGGUGCCAUUGUGCGUGCCAUCGGCUUCCCCUGGCUCAUGGUCAUCAUUGGGGUCGUCAACAUCAUCUAUGCUCCUCUCUGCUACUACCUGAGGAGCCCCCCAGCCAAGGACGAGAAGCUUGCAAUUCUGAGCCAGAACUGCCCCAUGGAGACCCGGAUGUAUGCCACACAGAAGCCCACAAGAGAAUUUCCUCUGGGGGAGGACAGCGAUGAGGAGUCUGGCAGUGAGGAGUAGGAGCAGAAGCCUUGUCACAUGUGGAUCCAGGAGGCCCAGGCUUUGGUGAUCACCUCUCUCCCCUGGAACCAGGUCACCAUGGGCUGCUCACUAGGCUUCACUUCCCUCUCCCCUGGGAUCCCCUUCCCUCACCUUGCCUGGGUGCCAUUCCCCAGUUUUCUCCUCACUUGUGUAACCCAUAGCUCUCUCUCUAUGUUUUGAUGCCUCAAGUGGCCCAUCUUUUGUGGGAGGACAGAGCGAUGCUCCCUCCUAGGCUUCUGUGAGGCUGAUUAAACUUGAGCCCUGAC